AUGGUGCGAAAUGGGACGAAUUGUGUGUUUAUACUGCGCGGGUUUGGGAGUCGAAUGUCUUUGAUUUGGCAGUUGGUUAUCGCAGGUCGAACGCCCACUUUCCACAAAUUCUCCACUUUCCACGGUUUGGCUUUCCACAAAUAAGUUUUGCAGUUCGGUUCAAUUGAGGAAAAUGGAAGAAUUGGAGCACGACUCCCCGCGGGUCCGUAAAUGUUCUUCGGUGAUCGGCUACGUUCAAUCCACUACGUCGUAUGCACUUUUUAACUUGGUGCACCCGCUCGUGAUUAUCACAUCCAGUGCCUGUUUGCUGAUUGCUUGCUGGAAGUAUGGGUUUUCCCAUUUGUAUAGCUGGCACGUUUUACUCACGGGGCUCGCGUAUCACCUGCUGAUGGCCAGCGGAAUAGUCGUGUUGAAUGGCAACAACAGUCUCUCCCGGUUGAUGCGACAUUCCUCGAGGAGAAUGACUCAUCUAGUUUUGCAGUGCGUUGCUAGUGGAGCUGUGCUCGUUGGAUGUGUGUUGCAGUACCUCAGCCGCGAAAUCAAAGGCAAACCACACCUAGCUUCUGUCCACUCAGUAACGGGAACGAUAUCGGUAGUUUUUGUAAUCAUUACGCUAGCGAUCGGUCUGAUCGUGAUGCUGUGGGGUCAAGGUCCAUGCAUGAGACCCUCGAUCUUUAAACGAUUGCAUCGUAUUGCUGGGUUGACGAGUUUUUUAGCCGGAACGAUUGCGAUUAUUCUAUCUUAUGACAAGCAUAUUUUUGCUGAAUUCUUCUCGACCGAACUGUGCAUAAUAUUAAAAUGCUUCGCGGUAACGAACGCAGUGCUUAGUCUGUUCGGUAUCUUUACGAACAUGUACCAAUCUAUUCGAGAAUGGUUUGGUUUUUGUAGAAAUAGUGAUUAUCUUUUGUACGAACAUUAAACACGCAGCGCGAAAUGUACACGUGAUACACGAAGAGUAGAAAUAAAAAGCAAUAAGCUGUAAUCUCGCGUGGGAUUUCCAGCUUCCAGAGUUCACGAUCUCGGCUGCCCCAGAUGGCUCGUCUUCGCGACGGUGAUUAACUCGUGUUGCAAAUGAUAAAGAGAACGCUACUCCCCCGAUGUCGCGUGCAAUGUGGGGGGAGGUUCGCUAGUCUCGCACGUAGCAUCUCGUACACGUACUGCUGAUAAGAAAUCGUGAAACUGUGAACGCAAGACUGGCUAUUGAUCAAUCCGUACAAAAGAAUAAUGUUGAACUUGGCGUUGCUUCACACUAUCGCAGCUUACGGUUCGCUGCAGUCGCUGUUCGUGCUGAAAAGUGAUUCGUUUAAUUUACUGCCCUGUUCAGUAGUGAUUCCAACACUGUUUGUAACUGCGCGUGUAACCGUGAAAGUGCGAACGAAAAAAUGGCCACAGACAAAGGGUUAGAAAUGAGAGACAAUGUGAAAGAGUCUUUUGAAAAGGCCAAAGAACCGGCAAAGAAUGAAUGGCUUCUGAUGCUGGAGGGAAUAUUCAACACGAUUAACCACGUGAUGAUCGGUGUCGUCUGCAUCUACACCAGCCGGCUAUGCUGGAUCAAUGGCUUCAGUAAGCUGUACACAUGGCACGUGUUUCUCUGUCUUCUCGGGUACCAUCUGCUGAUGACCGAGGGUAUUGUUCUGUUCUACAGUGGAAACGGAUGGUCCCAAAAGCUUACCCAUUCACACAAGCGAACCGUUCACUGGCUGAUCGAAGUCGUCGCCUGUUUCUGUGUCGUGCUAGGAAUUUCACUGGAGAUCUACUACCGCGAAACAAGCAACAAACGCCACUUUUCUUCGGCACACAGCAUAGUGGGGCUGUGCUCGCUGAUCUUCCUGUGCCUAACUUUCGUCAACGGAUUAAUGUCUUUAUAUGCCGUAGAAUUGCGGAGUCGCAUUAAGCCGAUAUACUCGAAGCUAAGCCAUUAUCUUAGUAGUACCGUUUGCUACGUGCUGGGUAUGGUAGCCAUAAUGUUGGCGUAUGAGAAAAAGAUUUACUAUCGAAACACAAUUCAAGAAGGUAUCGACAUGAUGCUUGCCUUCACCAUCUUGGUGACUAUAUUGAGUCUUAUUGGGGUUGUGAGGACCGUUUAUAAUCAGCUAAGGAUGCUCCCGAAAUAAAAUCAUCUACUAAAGCUACCAACGUUAUGUGCACAUUACGUUAUUUGCAGUAAAUCGUCAUUCAACACCGUUUUCAUCUAUCGUGACCAAAUGUUUAAAAACCAAAAAUGUAUUGAAUACCACAA